CCACUCCACAAACAUCCAGUCUGACUCCUGCAGCUGCAGCACACAGUACCCUCAACCUGUUACUAAAGAUUUAUUCUAUCAGCGAGUGACCACUUCGUGUUUCUGUGUCUGUGUUGUUGUGAGAUCAGAUCACAGCAGCUUGUUGCACCUGAGACUCAGAGUCGGCCACAGCAGAGAUGAUGAUGAUGAUGAGGAUGCACCACUCACACACCUUUCUGGUCCUUCUCCUCAUGGUCUUCCUCACUGGGAUAGUUCUGUCUGGUCCCUCAACUCCCCACAGGAUUAGAGUGCGACGUCAGAACAUGAAAGUUCGCAUCAGUGCCACAGGAGAUACCAUCGUGAUGAAGUUCUUGCGUCCCAACGCUGACACCAAGCUUGAGGGCUACAUCCUGGGCUACGGCAGCAGCAUGUUCUCCAAACAGUUCAUUCAACUUCCUGAGAAUGGGCAACCAUAUGAGACUGAGUUUGAUGCUGAGCCCAAGUACCUCAUUGCUGUUCAGCCCAUCCCAACCAAUGAGGUGAAAAAGCAGUGCACAGGUAAAGUGAACCUGGAGAAGCCGCUACACUUAGUCAUUGGGUCGGUGACACCCACUUCAGUCCUCUUAUCCUGGGGGACACUGCUGAAAACCCCUUAUGAAGGCAACAUCAUGAAUGACUGUCUGGAGGAUGGACACUAUACAGUGCGUUAUCGUGAGAGGAACAGGAAAUGGAACUACCAGACCUGCCCAACUAGUGACACGGUUAUUGACAAUCUGAAGCCCAACACAGUCUAUGAGUUUGGUGUCCAGCCCAGCUCUAAGGAUACUACUGGAACGUGGAGCAAGCCGGUCAUUCACAACAUUAGCAGGGGGGGCAUAGAGGAGAAGGCCAUCAGGAAAAUCUUUAAACGGCCUCUCACUCCUGUGAAACCUUUAACGCCAGGUCCAGACUCCUUCCCCUUUGCUUCUCGCCAUGUUUUCCCUAACAAGACCCAGGGCAGACUGCCCGUCUCCCGGAACAUAGCCCCAAAGACAACUCUUGCUCCAACCACAACUACUAAACAGGAAUCUCUGUCGACCCCUGGACCCACACUGCCUGUGGUCACCAAACAGCCAAUCGACAACCCAGGAGGAGGAGGAGACCUCUUCAGAUCUGUCUUGCCUCCUUUUCUGGAAAUCCCAUUAGCUUCCAAGCUCCACUCUCCACCACACAUUACACCCACCAUGGCGUCUGUGCCUUUCCUCCAGACAAAUGCAGAUAAACAUGGAGGGCACCCUCUGAGUCCACCACGACAAAAGCCCCUCUCACAGCCUUUACCAAACCCGCAACUCCAACCCCAACAACCUCAACUAAAGCCCCAUGGGAAGGCUCAGCCUCAACCAAAACCCUAUUCCCCAUCUCCCAAACUCCCAAAAUCACAACCCCAAUUAACAUCCCAGCCCAAACCCCAGACACAACCACAACCUGGACCAAAAUAUCAGCCCAUACUUAACACCCAACCACGACCCAAACCAAAAUCUCAGCCGAUACCCAAGUCCGAACCACAACCUGUACCUACAUCCGAUCCCGUACCCCAGACCCAUCCACAACCACAACCACCAUCCCAGCUCAUACCCCAGACUCAACCACAACCAAUAUCUCAGCCCAUACCCAAGAUCCAACCAGAACCCAAACCAACAUCUGAGCCUGUACCUCAGACCCAACCACAACCCCAACCAACAUCCCAGCUCAUACCGCAGACUCAACCUCCAGCACGACCAAAAUUGCAGCUCAUACCCCAGACUAAACCGCCAGCACGACCAAGAUCGCAGCUCAUACCCCAGGCUCAAUCUCAACCACAACCCCAUCCACCAUCCCAGCCUGUACCCCAGACCAAACCAGAACCAACAUCCAAGCCUGUACCCCAGACCCAACCACAACCCCACCCAACAUCCCAGCUCAUACCGCAGACUCACCCUCCAGCACGACCAAAAUUGCAGCUCAUCCCCCAGACUAAACCGCCAGCUCGGCCAAGAUCGCAGCUCAUACCCCAGGCUCAAUCUCAACCACAACCCCAUCCACCAUCCCAGCCUGUACCCCAGACCAAACCAGAACCAACAUCCAAGCCUGUACCCCAGACCCAACCACAACCCCAACCAAAUUCCCAGCUCAUAGCCCAGAUUCAACCUCAAACCCAACCUCAAACAACACCUCAGCCCAUACCCCAAACCCUAAGUCAAACACAACCCCAAGCACCACCCCAGCCGAAACUCCACACCCAGCCUCAGUCACAAUCUCAGCCAAAGCCACAUCUCCAAUCCCAGCCUCAAACCACAACCCAGCUCCAGGCUGAUCCUCAGCCAACACCCCAGCCCAAACACCUGGCCCAGCAUCAAACACAAGCUCAACUAAAGACCCAGAUCCAGCUUCGAUCACAAAUUCAACCAACUCCUCAGUCCACACCUAUGGUACAUCAUCACACACCUCAAAUAACACCCCAGCCAAUACCUUAUACCCAGCAAGCACUGCCAAAAAUUCAUAUCCAGCCCCAACCUGAACCGCAAUCUCAUUCUACAGCUCAGCCACAAACCCAAACACAGCCUCAACAAAAGACCAACCCACAGCAUCAGCUAAACAUCAAGCAGCAGCCUCAGGCUGAGCCAACAUCCAAACCAAAGAUAUUUUUUUUACAACCCAAGACUGAGACGCAGGCUCAACCCAAGGACCAACCCAAGCCCAAAACACAGCCUCAGCCAAAGGGCAAACCCAGGCUCCAGUCACCACCUCAACCAAAAAUACAGCCAAAGCCUCAACCAUCACAGCCAAAAAAGCAACCAAAAGCUCAACCACAACCUCAAUCAGAAAAGCAACAAAAGCCUCAACCAAAAAGGCAACCAAAACUUCAACCAAAGGCCCAAACCAGGGACCAACAACAAACCCAGCCAAAAACACAGACACAGCCCCAAUCACAGCCUCUAACAAAGAUCCAGACCCAACCCAUACCUCAUUCUCAACCCAGUCCCCAACCACAUCCUCCUCCAAAGACCCAGACUCAAUCCCAGCCUGAACAUCUACCCAAGCCACACCCUGCAUCUAGGCCCCAACCACAACCUCAACCUGGGCUUCCAUUUCAGUCUCAGACCAGGACCUACUCUGAUCCCACCAAGGUCACCCCAAGGCAGACAGUUUCUACGGCUCCUAGUCCACCAGAAGAGGGCAAGCCUCUCCCAAGACCUGCCCUGGCUACAGAGAAAGCCGGUAGUAACAAUCAUGGUACUGGCAUCCUCAGAUCAUCCAUUGCUGAAGAUCCUCGUUCUCCCAUUAACUCAUCAGUUCCUGCAGCAGGAAGAAACACCACGCUGUUUCGCACACGGGUUCCUACUCAUUCCACUCGUGUUGGUGUCAGACCAAUCCCUCCAUCCAAGACAUUCACCUCUUCUCACAGCUCCAGCACACCUGGGGCAGCCGAUGGGGCGCAUCAUAGGGGCAAUGCUCUUCCUAAACCUGUGGUGUGGUCCAAAGAAAAUCCUGUUCUGCAUCCCCCUGUUCCUGUCAACAAGAGACCCAACCUGGUGGGGAAACCCAGUGACCAUGAUAAACCCAUGGACCUGAAACAAGGAGAGAAGGAGGCCAUCUUGAAGCCAUUCCCUCUCGUCACAGCCAAGCCCAAGCAGGAGCGCAGACCGCCAACAACCACCUCUGUCCCAGCACUAAACAGCAGCCGUUUUGACAUAUAUGAAAACUCAUCCAUAUUCAGGCCCCUGCCUGCAUCAGAGGUAGACUUCAUGGGCAAGAAGCGGUUUGUAGCUCCCCAUGUGAUCUACAAGACUGAUAAGAGGCCAGAGGAGCCAUGCUCUAUCACCUCCUCCCUCGCUUAUUUCCCUGAUGAGGAGGGCAGUGAUCUGAAUAUAACCGGCCCUCCUCGUAUCCCACCCUCUAACGUCACUGUGGUUACUGUGGAGGGAUGCCCGUCUUUUGUCAUUCUUGACUGGCAGAAAACCGACAAUGAGACCAGAGAGUAUGAAGUUGUAUCCACCACGAAAGGACCACAUGGAGAGGAGGUGUCCAUACUGACGACCAACCAGACACACACGGCCGUGGAGAAUCUCAAACCAGAGAGCAGUUAUGAAUUCAAAGUAACGCCAAAGAAUGAGCUGGGAACAGGGCCCUCCAGUGAUCCUGUGUCUUUUAGCACCGAAUCAGCGGAUCCACGAGUGAGUGAACAUGUUUCAGGCAAAGAUGCCAUUUGGACUCAGUUCCCCUUUAAAGCAGAUGCCUACUCUGAAUGCAGUGGAAAGCAGUAUGUGAAGAGAACCUGGUACCGAAAGUUUGUUGGGAUCCAGCUCUGCAACUCCCUCAGAUACAAGAUCUACCUGAGUGACUCGCUCAAUGGGAAGUUCUACAACAUUGGAGAUCAAACGGGGCAUGGUGAGGACCAUUGUCAGUUUGUAGACUCCUUCCUGGAUGGGCGGACUGGCAACCAGAUGUUUGCUGAUGAGCUACCAAGCAAGCUAGGAUUCUACAGAGCAAUGAGACAGGAACCUGUCAGCUUUGGAGAGAUUGGGGGAAAGUCACAUGUUACCUAUGUAGGCUGGUAUGAAUGUGGCACACCCAUACCUGGAAAGUGGUAAGACCCCACAGAGCUGUCCAGGAGGAUGACUUCUUAGGUGGUGAGGAAGAAGAAGAUGCCUAUCUAGCCCUGAAGGGAGGUGGGCCUUUCUUUCAUGUUACCAUGGACACUGUAGAUGGGUCUGUCUGUUUGAACUCGGCUUACUCUCUCACGUGUGAACCUCUAGGACUAUUAGGUGUCACAAAACUCUAUUGAGUGCAUUUGUAACAUUGGUCUCAAUUUCUCUAUUUAUCAAAAAUAUCACGACAGAGAAAAGAAUGCAGGAGUUUAAGUGAACCAAAGUGUUGAAUAUUCAGUAAUUACAGAGAAAAUGUUGGGAAGCUGGCUCCCAAAGUGUAAUGACGUGUAUGAUAUUAUUUAUCAAGGGUUUGUUAUUGAAUAUUCUGUGUGCUCAGGCUUUUGAAAUAAGUAAAAAUUGUUCCCAGUACUGGCAUGUCAGUGAGCACGCACAUUGCUCAUUUGUAUACAGAAAGAUGCCAAUCAUACUUUCAUUGUACAUUUUGACUAUGUAAAUUACAAGUACACACAGACAUGCAGAGUCGAUUUUUGCUGGCCCUAAGGGAUUAUUAGCCGUUGCAGUUUGCACAGUAUUAAACUUUUAUUCAUAUAUGUAUAUGGUGUGAAAUACAGUAUAUAUACCAGUGAUCACAGAUAGUUUGAUACAUUACAGGUAAAAGAUAAAACAGUUUAAGCCAAAUUGUUGAUCUAUUGUAAGAAAACCCAAGUUUGAGCCCAGAGUUUCUAUGGGGUCACAUAGAAAAAAAAGAAUUUUGUAUUUUUCAUGCCCGUGCAGUCCUAUAUUUGAUAAAAGAAUAAAAUAUGUGUGUGUUUGUGUGUGUGUGUGUGUGCGUGUGUGCGUGUGCGUGUGUGUGUGUGUAAAAAUAGAAAUAAAUAAACUGAGCUUCAAUGUGGAAAUGACAUUAGCAAAUUACAUAAUUUAUGUUUUUGUGUUCAAACUUACUUCAAAGUGGUUUUUCCACAUCUGUCAUGACUGCAGUUGUUUUUGAUGCAUCAUGUAUGUUUCCAGCAAUAAAUCUUGUUUUUAU